CACAUAUCUCCAUGUUAUAGAGAUACAAACAGUGAAUCUGUUAUAAUUCCUCUACAAGAACGAUUUUGCAUCUGUUUUGCUAUUUUUUGCUAUUUUUGUUUACUUGUGAGAAUUUCAGGAUGCUGUCAUCCGACCUUUAGGAUAACAAUAGAGAAGGAAACAGAUCUUAGUGCUGUAGAAAAAGUUUUCGAACAUUUCUUCGAGCCAGCGAUUAGAAAUGGGUCUGUGAGACUCCUACACUGGAGAACAGAUGUUCUUCUGUCAUGUCGACGACCACUGACUUCAGCAAGUCGCUUCGUUAUCACCUUCUGUUUUCAAAUAGCUCAAGAGCUAUGGAGUUUUUAGAGUUCUGACUGUUUAGAGUCGGUUAAAAAAAAAAAAAGGAUGGUGACUCGUGCCAGCUAAUGACUUGUGCCUCAGGGGUUAGUGCUUGGACCCCUAAUGGAAACCUUGGUGCACUUUAAAGGCUUGAACGCUGUUGCUCGGCUGAACCUGAUGCGUGUCAGAUUACUUCACAGCCACCAGGAAAAGGACAUGGAACAUGAUAAUAUAGGUAUGAUGGUCGGGAAGCAGGGGAAGCAGUGGAGGUCGGUGUGUAAAGGUCUGGUUCUGGGAACUCUCCUCACCAGCUGCAUGAUUCUGCUCUACUGCCUUUCGGCUCCUGAGGUGCAUUUCAGCCUUCCAGAAGUUCCUGUGCCUUAUUCAUGUUCCCACCAACCAUCACCAGGCAACUCCAUGGCUGCCUCAAGCGGUGCCCAUCGAGGCCCGAGAGAGGAGCAGAAUCGUUGUACACCAAAAGUAGACAUCAUGUUCAUGAAAACCCACAAAACAGCAAGCAGCACUAUCCUGAACAUCCUGUUCCGCUUCGGCGAAAAGCACCAUCUAAAGUUCGCCUUCCCGAGCAGCCGCAACGACUUCUUCUACCCCUCGCUGUUCUACCGCUCGCAGGUGAAGGACUACAGUCCCGGGAUGUGCUUCAAUAUCAUGUGCAAUCACAUGCGCUUCAACGAAGCCGAAGUAGCCAAGGUGCUCCCAGCGGACACUGUCUACUUCACCAUCCUGAGGGAUCCAGCAGAGCUCUUCGAGUCGUCCUUUCAUUACUUUGGCCGCUUAGUACCUUUUACCUGGAAGAUCUCCGGGGACGAUAAGAUGGAAGAGUUCCUUAGUAACCCUGAGCUUUAUUACGACCCAAAAGGGUUUAAUUCCUACUACCUCAAGAACUUGCUUUUCUUUGACUUUGGGCAGGACAAUAAUUUACCGUUAGACGACCCGAGAGUGGAAGAGGGCAUCCGUGCAAUUUCAAGACGCUUCGACUUGGUCAUGCUGGUGGAGCACUUCGAGGAAUCGCUCAUCCUGUUGAAGGACGCCCUCUGCUGGGACAUGGAAGACCUGCUGUUCUUCAAACUCAACGCCCGGAAGGGGUCCACUGUCUCCAAGCUGAACCACAAGCUCAGAGCCAAAGCCUUGCAGUGGAACGCUAUUGACUGGAAGCUCUAUCAACACUUUAACGCCACCUUCUGGAAGAAAGUGGAGGCGUACGGUCCAGAGCGCAUGGCGACCGACGUGGCAGAGCUGCGGCGCCGGAAUGCAGAAAUGACCAACAUCUGCAUCGAAGGUGGCCAUGCGGUGGACGCCGGGAGCAUCCAUGAGACUUCCAUGCAGCCGUGGCAACCUAUAGGGGAGAAGUCUAUUAUGGGAUACAAUCUGAAAAAGAAUGUAGACACAGCACAUCAAAAACUGUGUAGGAAGAUGUUGACACCUGAGCUGCAGUACCUGACAGACUUAGGAGUCAAUUUGUGGAUCACUAAACUGUGGGGUCACGUGAGGGACAUCCUUCACUGGUAGAUUUGAAAAAUUAGCCUGUCAACAUCUGAUCUCCUCCCAAAUGACCGCUGUGAACCAAACCAAAAUCUCACUCUAAGUGAAUACAGUUUUGAAAGUCAUCCAAGCGGUAAACAGACUUGACUGUCAUGAGCCGGCAGAUUUUAAUGUCAUUUCGAUUGUUCGGCUUUGUUUUCACUGAAGUCAUUUUACUGCGGUUUAUAAAAUUGUUAACUGGUGCUUGCGUCAAUCAUGAAAAAACAAAUCAGCGACACCCGAAAAGGUUUCUCUUUGCAUGCUGCCAAUGCCGUAUCAGUAAAGUCCUCUUAGUAAAGUUAACUGAAGUUGUACACGGAGGCACAGGGAUGCUAUGUGUUCCUGUUUUAAUUGUUUUAUCAGCUAAUAUGAUCAAUUCAGCUGACCAAAGAGCAAAACUGCGCUAUGUGCGAUAGAUAUAUCUUUGUCCAGAAGGACUUAAGAGUCAGCUGUUAGAUAUUAGGCACACACAAAAUGUGAGAUGUAACUUUUAUGAAUAAAAUGAAAACUAACACGAA